AUGGGAGUGGAUUACUACAAAGUCCUCCAAGUCGAUCGCAGCGCCAGCGACGAUGAUCUCAAGAAAGCUUACAGAAAACUGGCCAUGAAAUGGCAUCCCGACAAAAACCCUACUAACAAAAAGGACGCCGAGGCUAAGUUCAAGCAGAUCUCCGAAGCUUACGAGGUUCUAAGCGAUCCUCAGAAGAAGGCGGUAUAUGAUCAAUACGGCGAGGAAGGUUUGAAGGGAAACGUGCCACCUCCAGAUGCUGGUGGAGCCACUUACUUCUCCACCGGAGAUGGUCCUACCUCCUUCCGAUUCAAUCCGAGAAAUGCAGACGAGAUAUUCUCCGAGUUCUUUGGCUUCUCUAGCCCGUUCGGUGGUGGUGGAGCUGGCAGAGGAACAAGGUUCUCUAGCAGCAUGUUUGGCGAUGACAUAUUUGCCUCUUUCGGUGAAGGAGGAGGAGCCUCGAUGCAUCACGGUGGAGCCAGGAAGGCCGCUCCUAUCGAAAACAAGUUGCCUUGUAGCCUUGAAGAUCUAUACAAAGGAACCACCAAGAAGAUGAGAAUCUGCAGGGAUAUCGCUGAUGUCAGCGGAAAGACGAUGCAGGUGGAAGAGAUAUUAAGCAUUGAUGUGAAACCAGGUUGGAAGAAAGGCACAAAGAUCACAUUCCCGGAGAAAGGCAAUGAGCUUCCUGGUAUCACUCCCGCCGAUUUAGUCUUCAUCAUCGACGAGAAGCGUCACCCGGUUUUCACUCGAGACGGCAAUGAUCUCAUCGUCACACAGAAGAUCUCUCUAGUUGAGGCCUUGACCGGCUACACCGCCAACCUCACGACACUUGAUGGUCGGAAACUGACAAUCCCGGUGACCAACGUGAUACACCCUGAGUACGAGGAAGUGGUUCCAAACGAAGGAAUGCCAUUACAGAAAGACCAGACCAAGAGAGGGAACCUGAGGAUCAAGUUCAAUAUCAGGUUUCCUGCAAGAUUAACCACAGAGCAGAAGGCUGGAGUGAAGAAGCUUCUCGGAUAA